GCCGAGGAGUGGAGCGGCAAGACCAGUUUUUGACAAAGCGAACGAAGGUUGGGCUACGAGGAGACCUUUGCGGGGCCUCGCCGGAGAAGGAAAUGACAGGAGCAAACACAAAGAGGAGGCAGGGCAGGACUGUUGAUUACCAUAAAGGUGUUGAUUUGCCCCCUGAGGGGGAAGGAAGGUGGAAGGAGCUGGAGAGGAGGGUGGAGUUAAAAACAAUAGACGAGAGAGCAAAAGACAAACAGGUGUACCGUACACUGAUCCCUUGACAGUCCGACCGACGAAAAACAAGAUCAUGUAGAACAGACCCAGGACUUAACAUUCUGCUGCGCGGGUAUAAGAAGACUGACUCCAUGAAGACUGAAGCAAGGAGACUGUUCCAGAGGAUUUAGAACACCUUCAAAACAGAAGGCACGGCGUGUGUCACUGUGACGGGGUUUUUACAGCCCUGGGGGGGGGAUCAAUCCAUCAACUGAAUCUGGUCCAGAAUGCCGCUACUCUGGUUCGUACUGGUAGCUAGCGGGAACUGGAACCCAUCACACAAGUUCUAAAAUCGCUACACUUGCUUCCAUCUCUCCUAUCUGACAGGAUGUCGUCAAUAUCGAACGCAGACUUUCGUUGCCAGCAAGGAGACACAAUCUGUGAGAUCCGCGAGUAUGAGAAGGAAGUGAUCAUCGUGCCCAUAAUGCUGCUGGCCAUCUUCGUGGUCACGCUGGUCUUCAUCCUGCUGCUGCGUUUCUGUCCGGAGAAGGUGGACCGCAUCCGUCUCGGCACCGGGAUGAAGCCCACCUUCAGGAGGGAGCUGCAUGGCAUCGACGCUCCGCCCGGUAUCAAUGUGCUGGAGCACGAAAGCAUCGCUCUGGACACGCCCAACUCCUACUCCACCUUCCACCCGGCCAGCAACUACGCGUCCAAAAAGCUCUCGCUGUCCGUGGACAUGCCCCCGCUGUCUUCCGGAGCCCAGGCGCCGGGCGACCAGCCCGCGUUUGACCCCGUCGUCCAGCCCCGAGAGCUGCCCCGCCAGAGGCUGCCCGAGUCCUUCAACCUUGUCACCUCGCUGCCAGGGUCCUUCUCCCCACGCUCAGAUUCUGCCGUUUCCCUCUACAGGGCCCGCAUGGAAAACAGAAACGUGGUCCUACGGGUGUUAAAUGACUCUGCCGACGCCAGCGAGAGACACAACUUCCUGGGCUUCGCUUCCUUCCUGGCCCAGCUGGGACCGCAUCCGUUCUUGCCCGAGCUCCUGGGUGUGGUUUCGCUCCGGGCUCCGCUGGUGACGGUGGUGGAGGAGCUGGAGAACCAGGACCUGCUCAGCGUCCUGUGGAAGUGCAGACAGGAAGACGUAAAUCCUCCAUGCGAGAUGACCGAGAGGCGAAUAUUUACCAUGGGCCAACAUGUGAUCUCAGCGCUGACGUACCUCCACAGCAAAGAUCUCCUGCACGGGAACAUUCGCGCCCGCAGCGUCCUGGUCAGCAAGGCGUACACAGCCAAGCUGUGGGGGCUUCACGGGGUGUACACCCGCAAGAACCAGGGGGCCACGCAGAAGGACGAUCCCAGCAUGAAGAAGUGGCAGGCGCCGGAGAUUUUGGCAAGGAGAACCGUUGGUCCCAGCAGUGACGUCUGGUCUUUUGGCAUCUUACUCUAUGAAAUGGCAACACUGGGAGAAGCCCCAUUUGCAGAGAUCCCCGUUAAUGAACUCCUCCAAUUCCACCAGCGAGGCAAAAGUCUGAAGAAGCAUCCCAACUGCUCCAACGCCCUAUACGCCGUCAUCAAGGGUUGUUGCCAGUGGAAAGAUGGCGAUCGGCCCACGCUGGCCGAGGUGACUCGCAAGCUCGUGUCCGCGGAGAAGAGCGCCUCAGACAAAGUCCUCAAGGGGACGCCGGUCAUCCUGGAGCGGUACCAGCACGAGGCCGGAUAUGGGGAGGCGAGCAGCUAUACAGUCUUCUGAUU